CCAGUCGGGAACACCCUUAGCCUCCCCUCCCCUCCACCUUUGUGGUUAUGGAGCUCCAAACCUGUCCUGGCCCUGCACCAGGAAGAGGUUGCUAAGGUAACCCAAGUCCCUGGUGGUCCUUAUACCCCUACCCUCAUUGGUUACUAUGGCAACCUCACCUAGCACUCAGGUAGAAAGGACCCCAGCCACAAGGACACUGCUGAGGGAAACAUCUCUUUCCCAACCCCUCCGCCCAGCCACCCAGUUGGCAUUACCAUGGUAACCAUCUAUCUCCCCCUUUCCCAUCAGUGGUGGGGGGGGGGGGUCUGUGGACCAAACCAACCAGGUGUUUUUAUUUAGAGGAGAUGCUCUGCUGAGGAGUAGUUGCUAUGGUUACAAGGCCUGGACCAUCCCCAGGGAGCAGUGCAGCUGAGCUGGGCUGGAACCGCCCCCCUGGAGCUCCCUCAGCCUGCAACCUAGGAGGAUACCCGGGAAGCCCAGCUAAGGGCCUGACUUCAGCCCCAUGCGGCUCACCCGCUGCCAGGCUGCUCUGGCAGCCGCCAUCACCCUCAACCUCUUGGUCCUGUUCUAUGUCUCGUGGCUGCAGCACCAGCCCAGGUUCUCCCCAGCCAGGGGCUCCCGCCGUGGAUCUGCCUCCGGCCCCCGGGUCACCAUCUUGGUGCGGGAGUUCGAGGCCUUUGACAAUGCUGUGCCAGAGCUGGUGGACUCCUUCCUGCAGCAGGACCCAGCCCAGCCGGUGGUGGUGGCAGCCGACACGCUCCCCUACCCGCCUCUCGCCCUGCCCCGCAUCCCCAGCGUUCGCCUGGCGCUGCUCCAGCCCGCCCUGGACCGGCCCGCUGCAGCCUCGCGCCCCGAGACCUACGUGGCCACCGAGUACGUGGCCCUGGUGCCCGACGGGGCGAGGGCCGAGGCACCGGGCCAGCUGGAGCGCAUGGCCGAGGUGCUGCGAGCGGGAGGCGCACGCCUGGUGGCCGCUCCUGUUGCUUCGGCCAACCCUGCCCGGUGCCUGGCCCUGAACGUCAGCCUGCGGGAGUGGACGGCGCGCUACGGCCCGGCACCCUCCGCACCCCGCUGCGACGCCCUGGACGGGGACGUCGUGGUUCUCCUGCGUGCCCGCGACCUCUUCAACCUCUCGGCGCCCCUGGCCCGGCCCGUGGGCACCGGCCUCUUCCUGCAGACCGCCCUCCGCGGCUGGACGGUGCAGCUGCUGGACCUGCCCUUCGCCAGGGCGCGCCAGCCCCCACUGACCACGGCCCACGCGCGCUGGAAGGCGGAGCGCGAGGGGCGGGCACGGCGGGCGGCGCUGCUGCGGGCACUGGGCAUCCGCCUGGUGAGCUGGGAGGGCGGGCGGCUCGAGUGGUUCGGAUGCAACAAGGAGACCCCGCGCUGCUUCGGGACAGUGGUGGGCGACACGCCGGCCUACCUGUACGAGGAGCGCUGGACACCCCCAUGCUGCUUGCGUGCGCUGCGCGAGACGGCCCGCUACGUGGUGGGCGUGCUGGAGGCGGCCGGCGUGCGCUACUGGCUGGAGGGUGGCUCGCUGCUGGGGGCGGCCCGCCACGGGGACAUCAUCCCGUGGGACUACGACGUGGACCUGGGCAUCUACCUGGAGGACGUGGGCAACUGCGAGCAGCUGCGGGGCGCUGAGGCGGGCUCGGUGGUGGAUGAGCGCGGCUUCGUGUGGGAGAAGGCCGUGGAGGGCGACUUCUUCCGCGUGCAGUACAGCGAGAGCAACCACCUGCACGUGGACCUGUGGCCCUUCUACCCUCGAAACGGGGUCAUGACCAAGGACACGUGGCUGGACCACCGGCAGGAUGUCGAGUUCCCCGAACACUUCCUGCAGCCUCUCGUGCCCCUGCCCUUUGCCGGCUUCGUGGCGCAGGCACCUAACAACUACCGCCGCUUCCUGGAGCUCAAGUUCGGCCCCGGGGUCAUCGAGAGCCCCGAAUACCCCAACCCAGCACUCCUGAGUUUGGCAGGAAGCAGCUGAAGCUCCAGCAUCUGAUCUUGGAGUCAGGAGCACAUUCGGGCACAGGGCAUUGUCCUUUGUCUUGGUGCUGCUGGCGUUUGGUGGGCGGGCCAGGGAUGCCAAGCCACCCUGCUGGGCCCAGCACAGCCCGGGACAUCAAAGGUGUGCCCUGCCCCAAAUUUCCAGGGCUGGGGCAGAGUUUGGGAAAGAGAGGGAGAAAGUGUAGUUUCUGGGGCCAGACUGCUGUGUCCCAAUUUCUCUGCGCCUCGGUUUCCUCCAGUGUGUGCCCUCAGGGUCUAGCACACAAAGAGCCCCAGGACACUUGGCCGUUGGGGUUGCUUCCGCCACUAGAGGGCGCCCUUGUCCUACCGUGGGGCCAAGGCGAAUGUAAGCCCGUGACCUCUGUUCCACGGCUUUCACGCCUCUUGAGCCUUUGGUCUUCCCUCUAGCCUCCUGUGUCUGGCGGGACAGGAUGACUAAAUCCCCUUCUUUCAGAAAACGACCUCCUUCCCUCCUGGGAGAGCGCUGUGAGGUGCAUGCUGCUCUUAACCCCAUCUUGCAGAGAAGAAAACAGACUCUGAGGUGCGGCUGUGGUUAAGAACCGGGUUCUGGAUCCCGGCCCCUCUCCAUUUAACUGUUACCUCAUUAUUUUAGCUCUCUGCACCUGUUAGCCACUCGCAAGGUGGGGUAAACAAUAAUCAUAGCUCACAUUUACUGAGCAUUUACUGUGUAUCAGGCAUCGUUCUCAGUAUUUCACACAGAGUAACUGACUUAUCCCUCACCUUGACCCUCUGAGGUGAGAGCUGCUGUUAUUUUUAUUUCACAGAUGAGGAAACUGAGGCCAGAAUGGUAAAGCCACUUGUCCAAAGUCAGACAGCUUGGGAAGUGUCAGAGAGGGGACUUGAACCCAGGCUGUCAGUCUGUAGCCUGCAUUGCCGUUGCCUGCUAUGCCCCUCUCUGGUGAUAGUACCCAAGGGGGGCUUUGGGAAGCCACACGGCUUAGCAGGUAAAGCGACAGCAGACUUCCUCUUGUGUGCACCUAAGAGGAGAUACUGUUUGGGCAUGUACCUCCAAUAGGUAUAUUUAUUUAUAAAUUAUAUCCAGGUACUACUAGCAUUCUGUAUAUUAGUAAUAAGGCUUAAAUUAUUCCAUUUUAAAAUUAAAAAUAAAUAGAGAGGGUUUUGUUUACCAGCCUCAUCCCAGUAACUUGUCCUGCACACCCCUUGGGUGUACGCACCUGGCUUUGAGACCACAGGCUCUGAAGUGGGAGAGGCCUGGGUUCAAAUCCAAGUGCUUCAAAUCUAAAUCCCACUGUGAACUUGGGCUACCAGUGACUCUGCCUCUCUUCACCUUGGCUUUGCACCUGGGAAACAGGGGUAAUGGUGACCCUCACCCCACAGGAGUGCUGUGAGGCACUUGGGUGGUAAAGGGGUCGGGAGUCAGGGCUGGGUGCGGCUCCUGGCUUGGCUACUUACUUUCUUUGUGACCUUAGGCAAGUCACUGCUUCACUGAGUGGGUGGCGGGGAUUGGUGAUAUUGCAGAAGCGUGAAGCCCUUGGAGGAGGAGGCUUCACAGAUCAGCAAGAGAAGAUAAAUGCCAAUUUGGCCCAGAUUCCUGAGGCUCAGACAUCCGAAGCCUGACUUAUAACGCAGUCUCUGUUUUUAACCACUGAACCUGCCAAUGGCUCGCAGUCUGUUAGGUUCCCAGGGAGCAUUCUGGAAACAUAUGGGGAUGAUUUGGAUUAUUGCUGUGAUCGGACCGUGCUCUUGGCUCUUGGAAGGCAUGGCCCAGGGAUGGAGAUGUCUUAUAAUAUAUGCAGGGCACCUCCACCCAGUGAAGCAGGGUCCCUUGUCACAUACUAUUUUAAAAUGUCCCAUUGGGCAUUCAUGAAGGACGGUGAUGUUAAAAAUAUUUUGCAACUGGUGUGGUAAUAUAAAUACAUAAAUCAAUAUCUGCAUCACAUCUUAAAAUAUUUUUUUAAUUCUCAAAAUAAUCAAUAUUAGCUAUCUAUAUAUACAUAUUUCUUUAAGUUGUUGCCAAGAACAUAAGUUGAAGCUCAAAUCACUCUUAAAUUGUUGUAAUGGUUUUGUUUCAUUUAGAAAUUGUUGGUGUGAUUUCUUGAUUGGCACAGCUGUAUAUACAUAAAAUAACAUGUUAUAUAUGUACAUAUGGAUAUUUAAAAUAACCUUGUCUUAGCUGUGGUUUGAUAAGGGAACCACAUCAAAUGCUAUUAGCAACUUCCCAUUAAAUUGAGACUCAUUAGGACUUGAGAUCUCAAUAGAUAAAGAAUUUCUCUUAGCA